AUGGCCUCCACUCGGAAGGGUGGAGGGGAGGCCACGCCAGGAAACAUUGGCAAAAAACCACGUAAGGAAAAGCGUCAGUUGGUACGCUGGGAUCAGGAUCUUGACACCCUGCUGCUGCUCACUGUCCAGUCGGCAUGCAACCUGACCGGGUUCACCGAAGGAGCCAUUGUGCAGCACCUGUCGAAGCUACGCAUCCGUCGUGAGGCUGCCGGCCAGCGUGUGCCCCCUCCCUUGCGUCGUUCUGUGACUGCGGCGGCUGCUGCUAGUGGUGGCAAAGGAGGUCUCAAGUCGGGACGAAAGAAUACGCGCAAGCGUAAGGGGCGUUCUGAUGCUUUGGAUGAGGAUUCCUCGGAUGGCCUGGACGCCCAGGAAGAGGAUGAUUCCGAUCCAGAGUACAUCCAGAACAAGAAAAAGCAUAACGCCAGACGCUCUUCAUUCUCCAUCUCUAAGAAGACCAAGCUGGGCCUGAAGGAUGAUGAUGAAGAAGAUGACGAUGAUGAUGCUCUGAUGUGCAGCGGCGCUCCGUUCCUUCAACACACCGGACCCAAUCUUGAGUCUGACCUUGGCGAUAGCGAUAGUGAGGUAAGCGACGACGAUGACGCUGCCCUCGACUUGGACGACGAAUUCGAUUCCGACUCAUACGCCGCCAAGAUCAAGCUUGAGAAGGCUAGCCCGACCCCCGGUCUAUCGCGAGUUAUCAAGCUUCCCGUGAGUCUUCGAAGCCGUGAUCAGGAUGCCUUGAAGUCGAUCCGCAGCGUGGCCGACAACACUCCACCACCUUCGUCUCAGGCAGGGACUUGGAACCAGAGCUACGCGCCCAAUGAUCCGGCCAUGAUGAACAACAACAUGGGCUCGAUGUAUGGACCUCAGGGUCCCUGGUACCCCGGUCAAAUGGCCACAAGUCAAGGCAACGAGAACCCGUUCCAGACUGCACCUGGCCAUAUGUACUGGCCUAUGCCUACUCCAGUCGUCAAUAACCGAAUCCUUGCUCCUAACGACUUCACCUGGUCUCCACAUACGCCUGCCUUUGCUUCUGGACGAGGUGGUACCUUGGCUGUCUCGGGUCAUCCAGUGCCAAGCUGGGCCUCGGUCACGGCAACUGCUGGCGAGUCUCCGUCCCAGGCCAUGGAUCCAGCCUCUUGGUUCUUGAACUCCAAUGUCUUUGACCCUGACGAUGAUAUUGACGCAAAGGAGAAUCACGGUCAGAACCAGGGUGGAGAGGAGUAUUGA